CAAUAUCAGUGUCCACCCAGAUGAGCCUAAACUUCUUUUGCCGUAUUUGGCCUAUUACAUGGUUAUGCCCCUAAUGACACACCCAUGAAAGCAAAACGCAGUACAUGUAACUACAGUCUGCCCAUCACUGUCAAGAAGCCUGGUAUGCUGUGCCUGCAGAAGGGCUUUCUUUGGUUAAACAAGCAGUGAAAAUGGUGAAGAGCAGCUGGCGUAUGAGUCUGCAGAGGAUGAGGAUGAUGAUGAGGAGGAGGAAGAGGACUUCAAGCCUUCUGAUGGGAGUGAAAAAGAAAGGGAGACAGAAAUUCUGGACUAUGUGUGAACUCGGUGAGCAGUCUGGCUGCUGUUGGACUAACAUCAUCUCUGCUGUUGGUCCCUGAGAGCUGAGGGUUCAGCAACCGUGCCCAGGAUAUGGGAAAGCAGAACUUGUACUAAGAUGACGAUGAUCUCUCUGCACUAACUGCGGUACUUGCUGAUGGCUGUCAUUCUUGAUGUUAGGGAGCAUUACCUGUAUUUUCAUAACUGCUGGCUAAUAAGCCCUCAAGUAAAGCUCAACAAACUCCUAAGACAGAGCCCAGAAUCCAAACCAGCUGGUAAUAUACCAGAAAAGAGGAGAAGUCGCAUUCCCAAAUCUCUCCACGUGCGGGAAGUGCACUUUAGCUGGCUUGGUGUCCAUGUGGAAAAUGGGAAAUGUACAUGAGGAGGGAGCACUCUUGUCCUGCCAGAGUCCCUAAGGCAGGUGCUGCCCUUCUGCUUGUCUAAGGGGAAUGAAAAUCCUGGGCCAUGACUUGAGCAUCGGGCCUCGCUGGUGACCUUGGAAAUAAAGCCAGCAGGAAAGAACACUUUCUGGCAGUGAAUAACUCCUUUGUACAGGAUGUAGCAUAUAUUGUCCUCACGAGCCAAUGUGCUUCUCAAGCCAGCUUUGACUUCUCUGGUAGUUAGCAGGGACAGAAGGAAGCAGGCAAUGGAGCAGAGCUUCAGGUCCACAGAGGUUGGCCACUCGUUAGUCUGCCACUGCCAGCUGGACUGGUACCACCCUGUCGCAGAAAUUAAGGAUCUGCUGGCAUUUUCAGAGUCUUGUGUGUCAUGAGUACAAGGUUUCUCAUUAGUUGCCAAUAAUAUGCUCUAUUGCAUGUUCGGUGUGUUUUCAGACUCUUGCGCUUGUGUGAGGCUUCUCAAAGCUUCAGCUUUUUUGGUGUUCUCUGGAGUUUUGUUAGACUGAGCUAUUUCCUUAGGUUUGGCCUCCAGCCCACAAAAGGAACAGCUGCAGGGCUCUCACUCAGUGAUGCCAGUCUACCUCAGCCAUGGUGGGGCCUCAGCCUACUGAAGGACAAGUGUGUAGAGGCUCCCCUGGUUUAAUUUAGAGCCAAGACUGGGUCAUGGCAUCGACACACGAUGGCACUCCUAGCUAUAUAUAUGUGAGUCUCCAUUUGGGGACUGGCUCCUCAGGUGUGUGCUCACCAUGGCUCGCUGGGAGAUCCUGUGCUUUGCUUUGUGCACCUGCCUUGUGGUAGCACAAGGUGCAACCCUGGGUGUGGUGUUCACUGAGGGAGGUUUUGUGGAAGGCGAGAAUAAAAGACUGGGACUCUUCGGGGACUACGUUGACAUCUUCAGAGGGAUCCCCUUUGCUGCCCCACCAAAGACUCUGGAAGACCCCAAACCUCAUCCUGGCUGGGAUGGAACACUGCAGACAAAAGAAUUCAAAAAUCGCUGCAUGCAGGUGACACUUACACAAACUGAUGUCCGCGGGAGCGAGGACUGUCUCUAUCUGAACAUCUGGAUCCCUCAGGGGAAGAAACAGGUCUCUACCAACAUGCCAGUGAUGAUCUGGAUCUACGGUGGCGCCUUCCUUCUAGGAGGGAGCCAGGGACCCAACUUCCUCAAUAACUACCUUUAUGAUGGUGAGGAGAUAGCCGUGCGGGGCAACGUGAUCGUGGUGACCAUCAACUAUCGCGUGGGGCCCCUGGGCUUCCUGAGCACUGGAGAUGCAAACUUGCCAGGGAACUAUGGGCUGAAAGACCAGCACAUGGCCAUUGCCUGGGUGAAGAGGAAUAUCAAGGCCUUUGGGGGUGACCCAGAAAACAUCACCAUCUUUGGGGAAUCAGCCGGUGCUGUCAGUGUCUCCCUGCAGAUGUUGACCCCAAAGAACAAGGGCCUGUUCAGGAGAGCCAUCAGCCAGAGCGGCGUUGGUCUCUGCAGCUGGGCCAUUCAGAAGAACCCACUCACCUGGGCUAAGAAGCUUGGACAAAGUGUGGGAUGCCCCACAGACAACACCACCGCCUUAGCCAACUGCCUGCGCAUCUCCAGCCCCAAAUCUUUGACACUGGCCUACCAUAUGGAGCUGAUCAACUUGCCCUCUCCUGUGGUUCACACACUCGCCCUCAUUCCUGUCAUCGACGGAGACUUCCUCCCAGACAUGCCAGAGAACCUCUUUGCCAAUGCUGCUGACAUUGACUAUAUCGCUGGAGUUAAUGACAUGGAUGGACACAUGUUUGCUGGCAUUGAUUUACCUGUUAUCAACCGCCCACUUGUGAAAAUCACUGAGGACGAGAUCUAUAAUUUGGUCAAAGGACUUACUGUGGACAGGGGCGAGCGUGGAGCCAAUGAGACAUACAGUGUCUACACGCAAGCAUGGGGCGAAAACCCAGACCAGGAGGUCAUGAAGAAGACAGUGGUGGACCUGAUUACUGACUACAUCUUCCUGAUUCCCACGCAGUGGGCACUGAAUCUGCAUCUGCAGAAUGCCGGGAGUGCCAAGACAUACAGCUACUUGUUCUCCCAGCCAUCCCGAAUGCCCAUCUACCCAAGCUGGGUAGGUGCAGACCAUGCUGAUGACUUGCAGUACGUGUUUGGGAAACCCUUUGCCACACCUCUGGGCUACCUGCCCAAGCACAGGACUGUCUCAAAGGCCAUGAUUGCUUACUGGACCAAUUUUGCCAGGACAGGUGAUCCUAACGAAGGGAAUUCAAAGGUGCCCGUUACCUGGCCACCCUACACCAGUGAGGGCAGUUACUACCUGGAAAUCAACAACAAGAUGGACCAGGACUCCGUGAAGCAGAAUCUGAAAUCCCAGUACGUGAACUUCUGGAACUCUGUCUAUCAGAAUCUGCCACUGGCUGCAACAUCUCCCUGACUGAGCAACUGCUCAGGAGCUAA